UCUGUUUUUAUUUGGAGUGCAGAUCUGGGCGUCCAUCACUUUAACCUGCACACGUUUAGUUAUUGAGUGUAGUUGAUGUUUGGCAGCAUUUUAUAAGUGACAGUUCAUGAACGGUGCAGGAACAGAGGACGCCUGACCAUCCUACCUGUGUCAGUUUCCUGUAACAGAGAUGUAAACCACCGUUUUCUGAUGGUGCUGCACUGUGACAUAAACACGGCCACUUUAUUAGCAUGCUCUGGCUGUGGUGGUGGAGGUGAAUGAGGGGGAAAGGUCUGUCCUGCUGCCCUGUCUGUUCUCAGGUUUUAUACCUGACAACUCCACAGUGAUGUGGACUCGCAGUGAUAUCGAUCCCAAAUUUGUACAUCAACGAGGAGGAGGAGACGAUGUUAGAGGACAAAACCAGCGUUACAGCAGACCAGCAGGUGGAGGUGAAGGUGGAGGAAGGGUCAGAGUCUGUCAUCCUGCCGUGCAAAACAACACAUCACAACUCAUCACAGUCCAUGAGUUUUCUAACAGAAAUGAUGAGCUUAUAACUCAGGACGACCUUUACACAGACUGAACAAAGAUGAACAAAGACCUGCUGAGAACUGGAGACCUCAGUCUGACCCUGAAACAGCCCACAGAGAGAGACACAGGAGGAUACAUCUGCACCAUCUACAGGGACAAAGAUAUCCUGAGACAGAAAGUAGCGCUGCAGGUCAAAGAACCAUUUCCAUCUUGGGCAAAAACUCUCCUGGUUCUCAUGAUUCUUCUUGUGGUUCCUGGAGGUCUUUUAUGUCAUUUCUGGCACUGUUUCAUGUCAGUUUACAAAGUGGAGGUGGAUUUAGGGGUGGAGUCUGUCCAGCUGCCCUGCAAAACUUUAGUUAACGUCCUCAAAGACCCUAAAGUGGAGUGGAAGGACAGAAUGAACAGGAAAGUCCAUGUUUACCAGAACGAUUCUGAGCACCAUGAUGAACAGGACCAGAUUUACAACAACCGAACAAAAAUGAGGAGAAACUUACUGAAACCUGGAGACUUCAGUCUGACUCUAAAGUACCCCACAGAUGGAGACACAAAUACCUACACCUGCAGUGUCUACAGCAAGAAGGGAAAGGAAUCUAUUAAGAAAGAAGUGGAGCUAAGAGUCAGAGGGUUUAACAGUCUUGGUCCUAAAUCCUUGUACUGGAUAACUGGUGACCAAACAACCUUUUUAUAUCUGUGCUGGGCAGGCUGAAGGACAAGUGAGUGACGUGUGAAAGAGGUGACUGACAUGGGUUAGUGACACGGGGGUUCAUAAUGUUCACAAUGGUAUUUUAUUAGUUGUUGGUUUAACCAUG